GAGUAUGCUGCCUCUAUCGAAGAUGCUGCAGCCGUGGGCUUGGCGAUCUUCUUCCACGAUGUGAUCUACAACCCGCGGGCAGGAAGCCCGCAGAACGAGAAGGACAGCGCCGACUUGUUCGACCUAUUUGCGCAGGAGGCCCUGCCGUCGGGCGCGCCGCCCGGUCAUCAGAAGGGCCUCCUUGCGAGCAAGGUCAGAAGAUGGAUCGAGCAGACUGCUCACCACAAGUGUGCAGACGGUGACGCGAUGGACUGCAGGCUGUUCAUGGACUUUGACAUGGCGGUACUGGGUCGGCCCUGGGAGGAAUAUGAAGAGUACAGUCGACAAAUUCGCCAGGAGUACAGCCACGUGCCGGAG